AUGAGUGACAACUAUACAACUUUGGCUCCUCCAGCUUCCAACCAGGGCCCCACCACCCCACGCAAGGGCCCACACAAGUUCAAGCAGAGGCAGACUCGCUGGUUCAAAAGCAAACCAGCUAAGAAAAGUGUGAAAGGGUUUGGAGAUGACAUUUCAGGCAUGGAGGGGCUGGGAACAGAUAUCACAGUGAUUUGUCCCUGGGAGGCUUUCCGCCACCUGGAAUUGCAAGAGCUCGCUUAG